AUGUCAUUUGCAGGCAAUCCUUCAAGUCCAGUCUUCUCAACUCCAGCAGAAGAAACUACAACAGCCCUCAUUCUAUGCUUCGUCAGUUUGUCGCCUCCCAAGGGGACACAAGUAGUUGCCACUUUCCCGCUGGCACAUCCCACUCCUUCCGUCGUAAUGCCUCCCACCAUUGCCAUUCAUUGCCGUAUCUCAGCAUUUGCACCACCUCAAAAGUCAUCUCCAAUUGAGUCAUCUGAUGCAGUGAGCGAAAGAUAUGAGGCACGGUUCCAAUUCCUGCAUCUCCCUGCAGCGCGUGACUACAUUCCAUCUACUCAUAACAAUUCCCUUGUUCAACUAGCACUAGGAUUUGUAAUAAAUUCACGCAGAAUUCGUAGACUACCUUCCCCGUUUGAAUGA